GGCAGUCAAGUAUAACACUGGGCUUUAUAAGAUUGCAAGCCUGUUUUUAAUACAUAUCUGACACAUCCUUGUGUUCUGAGUUAGUGUCACGGUAAAGGAUGCCUUUGUUUUUUUUAGAAUUAAGGAUGUUAAAUGGAACAGUUCCGUGAGAUCUCUGGAUUCCAUGCAGUUCAAGAAGUUCUGUGUAACUUGGUAAUAAGCAGCUUGGUAACUGUUAGUGUCCGUGGCCAGGCUUCAUUCACUAGCUGUUUUGUAAUGAUUCUUAAACUGUGACUUUUUAUAUUUUAAUUGUCGACCUUUUUUGUAAGGCAUCUGGAAAAGAGAAGGGGGCAGCAUCCUUCUGCUUGUCUUGCUUCCCAUGUCAGCUGUGUUUGGCUGUGUGGACUUUGGAUCGAGUUCCAUUCUUAUCAUUCAGCGACACUUUCUGAUAAUAGCCUCUUCGUUUCAUAGGCUGCUAAAACUGCUUACUAAGAAGCAGCCGUUCUUGUGUCAUGCCAAGUGACUGGAGCCACUGUAUCAUCCCUCCCUCAGUACGAGUGGGUGAUUCUCAUAAACUGCACCUAUUUUCUUGCCAAAGGAAGUUUCUGAACUCUAGCUCUGGGAUGUCAUGAUUUGUAGCCUCACAUGUUUGUUGCUGAUAAAUAUACAAAUGCACAGGUUUGAAUCAUAGUGAGUCAUUCUUCCAGUAAUAAUCUUGUCGUGACGUCUGGUUACGUGCUCACCCACUUCAAACCUAAAUAGACCAGUGGUGAUUUCUAUCAAAAUAGAGAGGCAUCCAGGUUGUUGUAUCUAGGGCUUUAUAGGGAGAAAAGGUCUUUGGUCCAAACAGAAUUCUUCCCAAGAGUGUUCUGACUCAAUGCAUUUUGAGCUGUAGAGUAAGUGAUAUGAUUCAGUUGGUAUAUUAUAUGCAAAGUGUAGUGUCUUUUUGUUGUAGGAAAUUCUUAUUCCAAAGACGCUAAAGGAUUAAAUGUGAAGUUGUUUGGUGGGUUGAAAGUUGGAAAAAGAAAUGAACAAAAUUUAGAAAUCCAGACAAGUACAGAAUGACUUUGUUUUUAAUUAGCUCUAUUGCUUUUAAUUGGUACUGUGUGUGAUAUAUAUCGCAAAAUAAACGCAUGGUUUAGUGAACAGUGGGCUGAAUCUGAAAGAAACUGAGAGGAAGGGUUGUUUCUUGCAUUUGAUAUAUUUGUAUUUCAGUGCUUCAUUUAAUAAGCCCCCAGGGGACUGAAGCAAGUAAAUCAUGGCAACGGAUUGUUUUCAAGAAACUGGCUUCUUUUUGUAAUUAGCAAAAGCUAGAGCUGUAACUUCCUAGUAAGUGAUUUGGGUAAGGAGUUAACAUAAAAGAUUUAGUGCACAAAAUGUAAUACUUAUUGUUUAUUAACAUUUCUGUUGAUGGAAUGAAUGAGCGUGUGGAAGAUCGUGUGUGUGUGUAGUAACCUACAGCCACUUUUUUUGUACAAUCUUAAUAUGGGUGGAAUGUUGCAUGGAAAUUUCAGUUGCCAGAAAUAAGGUUUGAAGGUAGGGUGAAUUAGAUAAAAAUGUGAACCUCAAAAGUAGGGGAGAGGCUUGAAUGUGUUCAAAAACCAUAGCAGUUUAAGCAGUAACCGUUCGUAUUAUGGUGGAAAUCAGGGGACAGCUUUCAUGGAUGGGAAUUAGUUGAUGUAGAAACUGAAAUCAUGGUGUGCUCCACCACCUCUCAAGGUUGUGAGGGAACAGCCCUGCAAAUGUGAGUGUAGCAAAUGUGUGACUUAUAGGUAGGUGGCCUAAACAUCUUUCCCUCUGAUCUUUAGGUGCAUAGGGGUAAAUCUUAGCCACGUGCAGAGAGCUGGCACGGAAGCCACCGAAAUGCCAAUGAAGCCCUCAAAAUAAGGCUUAAGUGGUAUUUGGUAUUUGUGUUGGCUCCCUGCGCAGGAGCGAAUUUCACCCCUUGUGAAGAACAUCCAUUGUCGCCCAUGCUUUAUUUUUCUUUUCUCCCUUAUUUUUCAGUUAUAUGAAAAAUACCGAAUAACCAUGAGUGGAGUAUUGAAAAGGAAGUAUGAUGAACUGGGGGAUGAUGCCACCUACUGCUCCUCUUCCUCCUGCUCCCCGUUCUCCUCUUCUUCGGCGUCAUCAGGUUGGGAAACAGACGAGGAAAACUCCCGAGGAGACAGCAAGCCCAACACUGCCUUACCCUCCAGUUUCACUCCUACAUCCAUCCUGAAGAAAACCAAGCGGUUAAAGAAGAACAAUGUGGAGUUCGACCAGGUGACUGUGUUUUACUUUCCACGCUGCCAGGGGUUCACCAGCGUGCCUAGCCGGGGUGGCUGUACCCUGGGGAUGAUGAGCAAGCACAGUUCGUCCAGGCAGUUUACACUGGCAGAAUUUUCAAAGGAACAGGAGAACGUUCGGCGGGAGAAACUCAAGGAGCGGUUAAAAGAGGAGAAACUGGAGGCAUUGAAAUGGAAGCUAACGGUGAACGGCACGGCGGAGUCUGAGGAGGCCGGCCAGCUCACUACUGAGGACAUAUCCGACGAUGACGUGGAUGUGAGCAAUGUGGAGCUGGAGGACGGCUUCUUCCUACAGCCCUACCCUGCCAAAAAGAGACGUGCUCUGCUCAAAACCAUGGGGGUGAAGAAGAUCGACAGAGAGGAGAAACGGGAGCUGCACAGCAUCCGCCUGUCCCGUGAAGACUGCGGCUGUGACUGCCAGGAGUUCUGCGAUCCAGAGACCUGCAGCUGUAGCUUAGCAGGCAUUAAAUGUCAGAUGGAUCACACUUCGUUCCCUUGUGGCUGCACGAAAGAUGGCUGUGGAAAUACGGAAGGGAGAAUAGAAUUCAACCAGGCUAGAGUGCAAACUCACUUUAUCCACACCAUCAUGAAAUUAGAACUGGAAAAGAAUCAGCAGAGCAAUGAAAGGAAUGUAGAACCCGAAUCAUCAUUCCGGGACAGACUCCAUCAAUUUGGCUGUUCGGCAGGGAAAAACGUGUUUGAGGAAAGAGCUGUCCCACUGACUCCAGCAUUUCAGUUCAACAUGGACCUGGAGACUGUUGGGGAGAAUAGCUGUAGUAGUGAUAUGACAGACUCUUCGAUUUCAUCCAUUCAGAGCGAGGAUUCAGAAGAACAGUACGAGAGUGUCCCAUCAGAUAAGUCUCAGUCCGAUAUUGAUGAUGACGGCCUGGCAAGAAUACUCCACUUCAAUGAUUCUGACAUCGAAGACAACAGUAAUAAUUGCCAAGACAACUUGAGCUGUUUCCAUCCUGCUGACUUCUUUAGUGCUAACAUUGAAGACCAGUGUGGUACAACUGCUGAAAAACUCAGCACUGGAAUCUACUCUGGCCAUUUGUCAAACAUCUCCGAAUGCCUGGAUGAAAAUGCCAAUCAGGACGCUGGUUGUUUUCUAGACGGAACUGCUGAUACACACUGUGAUGGGCUUUCUUGCUGCAUGUCAUCCUCUGCAGAGCAGUGCUCAAAGAGUUACACAGAUCUCAGCCUUUCCUCUGACUCCUUGGAUCUUUUUCAGUCAUUUUCCGACUACAACUUGGGACCUCUUUAUAACUCGUUAAAGGAAUAUGAGAACCUUGAUAACUUUUCAGCAUUGCAGUUUCAAUUGCCUAAUUUUCCUGGCUUUCCCCAGGCAGGAGACCAGAGCACCUGUUUCCUGGAGUCUCUAAUUGGCUUGUCUGAAUCUGUCCCAGAAACCCCCGUCCCUUUCACAGACAAUCAGCUUUUAGAAGAUGCCAUUAAGUCAUCACUAAUGGAAACAGUGAAAGUUUAAAAAAAGAAGGAAAACUGAAAUGAAAACUGAAGUACUGAGCAAACUUUCACUGAAGGAGAAAAUACUACAAAAAGCUUUCUAAGCAGACAAAUUAUUUUUUGUCUUUAUAGAACAUGGACACUUUGAAAUACUGCAGCUACAAUCAGUUCCCUUGCUGUUUGUGCAAAAUUUAUAAACUUUCAUAAUUUGGAAAAAAUAGAAGACUUUCAAGUACGAAUUUACCUGUGUUUUGUAUAAAAAGACCUAUUAAGAAAUACUCCUUGUUAACAUUGCCAGUCAUACACAACAGCCCCUUCUAGAAACUAUUCAGUGUUGCAGAAACUUUUUAAAACAACUUUUGAAUCCAUAUUUAUUGUGAAAAAUGAUUUGCAUAAGAGUGAGCCUGCCAUGCUCUUACGUUUAAAUCUGAAGAGGUUUACAGAAAAGAUCCAUACACUAGAUCCAUAAUCAUUUUCACCUAUUUAUUGCAAAUUCCAGAAUUUAAAUAGCCACCGAAGCUUGAACUAGCAUGAAACCUUAUUUAAAUUGGUAAUACCUCAGAUGUAUUAUGUGUACAAUCAUAUUUUUUACAUAAUAUAUCUGUAUUUAUUUAUUUUUUACCUUUUAGUACAUGAAUAGCACUGUGGUUUAUUAAUGACCUGGAAGUGCAAUAAAAGUCUUUAGCAGCACAGAUCCUAAAGACGACAACACUGUUUUUUAAAAGAGGUGGAAAGGUGUUAACUUUAGGGAUUGUCAGAUACCUUUUCCGUCUUUGUAUAACAUUUCUAAAAGAGCCUAAGCCAGGUGAAGUUUGUGAGGGGAGGGUGGGGUUUGGGGUUUUUUCAUAAUUAAAAACAUACUCUUGGUAGCUAAAAAUCCUUUCAUGUAUGGGAUUAUACAAUGUUGUGUGAGGUCCAUAAUUCUGCUAUGGAAAACAACCCCCCUAAACUAGUCAAGAAAUAAUAUGAACUAACUAUAUUUAAAAAAACUUUUUUCUUAAAUUAUUUUAUAAUUUUAUUUAAUUGCCUAAGGAUUUGGCCAUGAGAUCUUUAGUGAUCUAUUAUGGUGCCUGAAUAUGCAGAGGAACCAUUAGCAGCAGCAGAUGUAAUGAGGAGGACCUUUCCAGCCUGUAGAACUUUGAGAGCAAAGCAAACUACAGCAACACUGCUCAUGCUCCUGAUUUAAGUGCUCCUUAGUACACUGAAGUGUAAAGGGUCUAACCAUUAUAAAACAUAGUGGGCCAGACUAUUUAUAUGCAUUUUAUAGAUAAAGCGAUACAAGUAAAUUAGAUGAAAAUGAAGGUAUUGGAUUAUUUAUUGCUUUUAUACGUUUUAGAAAAACCUAAAAUAAAAAAGUAAAGCUGAAUAAUUUGGAGCAUCUUUUUAAAAAAUAAAUAAGAAAUAAAAUAGUAUCAUUUUAAAGGGUAUCAGAGGCCUUCUUAGGCAUGUAUGUUUAAAUCAGUCUGAAAACAGGUCACUGGCCAUUACAUAUAAUUGGACAUAAUCUGUAUUUUAGCAGUACACUAAGUGCCUAUGCCAACAGUACUAAUGUGUGUUGGUCUAGUUUGUAUAUCCCGAUAUCAUGGUAUAAAUCUACCAGCUUUAAAAAUAGGUUUAAAAGUUUAAAUUCUUGUAUGUGAUACAGUGAUACCUGUACUUGAGCAAUAGCCAAAUGGGGGCUAGGGAAUACAUUUUUUUCUUCUUAAAGCCUGGUGUACAUUGAAUUAAAUGUCCAGCUCUAGCUAUUUUAAACAAAAGUUGUGCAUGCAGCGACCCCAUAUUCUGAAUGUAACCCCGUGGUGUCUGCUUUGCUGAAUAGGCUAGCGUAUGCAGACUCCCGAGCAAGAAAAGAUGGUGUCAGUUUGACUGAUUUUAGGCUAAAACAAAAACCCUUAUGAAAAGCUGAGGCAAAACACUUACAUUGGCUGAACUAUAAAUAUAUCCAACUAUAGAGAUUACAAUGGUUUGUACCUGCUAGUUAAUAAAUGAUUAUUUGGUAUUCUAAUUGGCAUGGCAAGCUGUUCACAGCUACCAGCAAUUAGGACAUUCUCACAUACCAGGAGAGCUAUUUUGUCCAUUGUAGAUCUUCUCUUGUACUGAGCUGGUCAACUUUUAAAUGGACAUAUUACAACAACACAAAUUGAACUGUGACCCUUUGCAGCUGUGACUAAGAGCUGGGUUUCUGUAUAGCUGCAGGUUGCAUUGCUCAGGAGUCCAUUGGUGCUGUCUGAUUUAACUGCAUCAGACUCCACUGGCCUCUCUGGGACACCCUGCAUCUUCGCUCCUGGAGCCCCAGCUAUCCUGACUGAGCCCCCAGCAUUCCUUCCACACUGGAACCCUCACUGAGGAGCCUGCCCUGUGCUGUGCAGAGCAAUGGUACACUUGCAUACAAGUCUUACCUAGCAAGAGCUGCCGGAUGGGACUUGGCUGCCAUGCAGGAGGGCCAUUGUAGGUGAACUACUGGCAGAUGGAGGAUUUCAAGAAUUUUUCUUUGUUGUUCUGAAAAUCCCAUUCAAUUAUCUAAUUGGUGGUCGUUUCUAUUCUUCAGGCGGCAUCAAAAAUACUGACAAAAAGUGUCCGGUACCAUUCUGUAUUUAUUGGCACUAAUGUAAGAUUAUGUUUUAGAACAUUCCUAGGUUUCUCUGCAUAUCUAUCAUUUUAAAAGUGAACGAUGGGGAUAAAGAUUCCUGCCUUCAUGGAUGUUUUUUCUAUAAUUUAUUCAUUUUAUUUGUGUUGGUGCAAAAAAAAAAAAAAAGAUUUUUUUUUUUCCUUCUUCAGGGCACUGAACUGUAAAUAUAUAUAGUUUUCCCUCUCCGUAUCUGUGUAAAAAGUUGCCUGUUAAACAGUUUAAAAACUGGGUAUUUAUUGACACAAUCUGUAAUUAUCUAAUGUAUUGAUUGAAACGCUCUGGUUUCAACAUAGCUUUAUUUUAGCUUUCUUUGUGUAUAUAUUGUGAUUAUGUUGCUUAAAGGUACAAGUAAAAAAAAAAAAGCUUUAUUUUUACCUUAUCCAUUUUCAUUUGUUUAAAAAAAAA